AUGCACUUUAUGAAGGAAAGUCAGUUACCUAGAUGUAUCCUCUCCUUAUAUAUAUCGACCUUGCAUAAUACAAGUGACAAUAGGUUCGUAUUCAAUGUAGAAUCGCAUGUCAUGUUCUGGAAUCGUUUAAGAAAAACUGAUCAGUUGGUAGAAUGCAUUGUGAUUUUCAAUGCUAAUAAUAAAACUGGAGAUCCUGUGUUGGAAUAUGUUUACCCCUCGGCGUAUAAUAAGAAUAUUUGUCUCAAUAAGCUUCGAAACUUUGUUCUUCCCUGUAAACACAAAAAUCUUGUCUCCGAGGAGUAUACUCUUAUAUUCACGGAUAGCAAUGGAAAUGUAGAAUUUUAUGCAUGUAUUUACCUGCCUAUAUCCAAGUAUAUUGCCUGUAUUAGUAGCUAUCUGCCUUAUUUCGAGCUUCAGCAUUCACUAUUAACAUUAAUCAAUCAAGAGCAUUUAUACAGAAAGGAAAACAGACAUAAUAUUGAAAUCAUUGUUAAACGAAUGUAUCAACGUUGUGGUACGGCUACACUUGACUUGUCAUUAUUAUCGUCAUCGUCACCAUUAAAUUCAGUGAGACUGGAUGUAUCCUUACCAGACGCACAAACUCAAUUUUUCUAUCAUCGGCAUAUUUUAGAGUAUUAUAACACACUAUCUAUUGGUAAUUGGAUUGUCAUAUUUGAGAGCCUACUUCUGGAGAAAAGUGUGAUAUUUUAUUCAAGUCGUUUACAACGUGUUACCUCCUGUCUACUGGCCAGUUUGAGCCUUUUAUAUCCUCUCAUGUGGCCUCACUUGAUUUACUCAUUACUGCCUUCUAAUUGUAUUGAUUAUGUCGGCUGUCCAACUCCCUUUGUUGCUGGUGUUCACUCAUGUUUAACAGAGAAGAUGAAACCAAUGUUAGUACCUGGAGUUCGACUUGUGGAUUUGGAUCAUGAUAUUGUUUAUGGAACGGGAGAUGUAGUGACGACUAUGCCAUCUAUUCUGCGUCAUUGGUUGAUUAGACGUUGUAAUGCAUCACAUAGUGCAAUUUUACAGCAUAUACGCUCAACAGAAAAUGUUGCUUCAACUGCUGCUCUACUUUUAGUUCGACCCUAUCUAGAAUUGAUGGCUAUUCUGCUUGGUGGUUAUCGGUCUGCUUUACAGCACAAUGAAACCUCUUCAUCUGUCAAUCUUUUGCCGAUACAGGAAUCGAAUGAUAAUUGUCGAACACAAAUCAAAUUUGAUCAACCUCGUAUUGGUGGAUGGUUUUUUGAUCGUGCUGCAUUCGUAAUCUCUUGUGGUAGAGAAUUACAACCGUAUCUAACAGAACUUUUAAAUUCUCAAAUGGUCAUACAAUUUUUGGAAUCACGUGUAGCAGUUCUUAAUUCCGAUUUGGGUAUUAUCCCAUCUGAUGACUUUGAAGAUAUCAUUGACCAUGUUUCUGUUCCAAAACGAUCUGGUGGAUUGAAUGAUUUGUUCAAUUUUAGUCGAAGUGGAUUUGAUAAGAUAACCAAAAAGCCAACUAAAAUAAACUGCAUUCUUACAACUAAACUUCUGAGUUUCACCAGUGUUUUGCAACCACUUAUUUAUCUUAAUAUUGGUGCUGUUACAACAUCAUUCCUGAAUAAUAUUACAGCGUAUUGGAACAUACACAAACUGCUCAGCGGUAAAUCUGAGAAACUUUCACAAAAGGAAAAUAAAUCCAAGAAAACGUUUACUGAAUUAUUCAAUCGUCCUAACAAUCUUUAUCAAACCUUUAAACUGAACGGUGCAUCUAUGAAUAAACAAGAUUUCAAUCAAUCUCCUGUGUCAAAAGUCUACGUGAAAGAUCCUCAUAUCCUUUCUGUACCACCUCAAACAUCAAGACAGGAUAUUUGUGAGAUACUGAGAAAACAACUAGACUUCAAAGAAGACAAUAAAAAUAUGAUUAUACCUGAUUAUCGAGAAAAGAAUAUUGAAGAAAAGUCGAUAUCUCAAAAUCAUUCACUUUGGCAACCUCUUUCUCCACUAAUCGAUCACGAGCUACGUAGAUCGGAACGUAAAAAUCGUAGUCUCCUGACUAGUAUAUUAGCAGAAUUACCUGAUUUUUCAAUUGACCCAUCCCUUUCAAUGGCUACACUAACAUCUAGUCAAGAUGACAAUUCUCAAGUAUCUAUAAGAAAGAGUUCUUCUGACAGUCUAGGUAAUACACCUAGUCGACGUAUUUCAUCAAAGAGAAUGGGUUGUUAUGUUGAGCCUUCAGAAUCAGAAUUCUAUCGUGAUUGGGUUACUUUUGAUUCUAGUCCUCCUAAACAUCAUCCAUCUACAAAUUUUGUAAAUUUUAUUCCUUCUUCGAUGUCCGCUAAUUUAUUCCAUCCAUUUCCAGAUGAUUCAUUGUUCACAUCAUUGUCAACCAACACAAGGCCAGUCAAUUCUGACCGUAGUCAAUUACAACAAGAAAUUCUGGAUGAAUUCGAUCAGCUAUCUGUAUCUCGAACAAGAAAAAUAUAA